UCUUUGUUUCUCAAGACUCCUCAUUUGGUAAUCAGAUACUACCAGUUUUACCGAGAUUUGACAACAAGUGAAAAUAUGUCUGCUCCUAUGAAACUAAAAACUCUGGAGGGUCAUUUAGGCACCCUAUCAGGAUUUUCAAAACCUAAAAUUGAACUUGAGCAAUAUGAAACACCAGCACACAUAGCUGCUAUGGCUCUUUACACCAUACAGACACAUUAUGAAGCCAUAGAGAAUAAAUUAGUACUAGAUGCUGGAUGUGGUCCUGGCAUAUUGGCUAUUGGAGCAUCACUGUUGGGGGCAGGAAUAGUCGUAGCAAUGGAUAUAGAUGACAGUGCCUUACAAGCAUUGCAGAAAAAUGUUGAGGACAUGGAGAUUUCUGGUGUUGAUGCUGUUCAGUGUGAUUUUCUGAAUUCUAAAGUUUGUAGGUGGGAAAAUUAUUUUGACUCGGUAUUAAUGAACCCACCGUUUGGUACAAAAAACAAUGCUGGUAUAGAUAUAAAGUUUCUACGGAUGGGCUUGGAUCUCUCAUGUGACAGUGUUUACUCUUUACACAAAUCAACGACAAGAUCACAUAUACAAAAGAAAGUUAAGGAAUGGGAAGUAAAAGGAAGUGUGAUUGCUAAACUUCGAUAUAAUUUACCAGCAACGUACAAAUUCCAUAAACAACAAAGUAGAGACAUUGCAGUCGACCUAUGGAGGAUACAUCAUUGACAUUCAAAA